AUGGUCUCGGCAAAGAAUUACAAAAUCGCGUGCAUCCCCGCUGAUGGCAUUGGCCCGGAAGUCAUUGAUGCUGGAGUCACGGUGCUCAAGGCUCUCAGUGCGGCCAGCAAGUCAUUCACAUUGGACUUCGAACACUAUGAUUGGAGCUCAGAGACGUACAAGAAAACCGGCAAAUAUAUUCCUGACAACGGACUCGAAGACUUGAAGAAGCAUGAUGCGAUUCUCUUCGGUGCUGUAGGAGCUCCAGAUGUCCCUGAUCACAUCUCCCUCUGGGGCCUCCGUCUAGCAAUCUGUCAACCCUUCCAACAAUACGCGAACGUCCGCCCUACCAAAAUCCUCCGCGGCACCGAGUCACCCCUCCGCAAAGCACAAGCCGGAGAUCUAGAUUGGGUCAUCGUCCGCGAAAACAGCGAGGGCGAAUAUGCUGGUCAAGGUGGCCGCAGUCACAGAGGUCAACCAUGGGAGGUUGCAACUGAGACGUCAAUUUUCACCCGUCAUGCUGUUACCAGACUCAUCAAGUUCGCAUUCGAGGUCGCACAGAAGAGGGAGAAGAAACAUAUUACUGUGGUGACCAAGAGUAAUGCACAGAGAAAUGGUAUGGUGAUGUGGGAUGAGAUUGCUGCCGAAGUGGCAAAGGACUUUCCGGACGUCAAGUGUGACAAGAUGCUUGUGGAUGCGAUGACCUGUAGAAUGGUGCUGCAACCGCAAUCACUCGACACCAUCGUCGCUACGAACCUGCACGCAGACAUCCUCUCCGACCUCGCCGCAGCCCUCGCAGGCUCAAUCGGCAUAGCACCAACCUCCAAUCUCGACCCUACACGCCAAAACCCCAGCAUGUUCGAACCCAUCCACGGCUCCGCCUUCGACAUCACCGGAAAGGGCAUCGCCAACCCCGUCGGCACAUUCUGGACAGCAGCGGAAAUGCUACGCUGGCUUGGAGAAGAAACCGCCGCCGACAAACUAUUAGACUGCGUAGAAAAUGUGUGUGGGAAUGGGGUGAUGACAAAGGAUUUGGGUGGUGACGCGAAUACCAAGCAGGUCACUGAUGCGGUCUGUGAGGAAAUCAAGAGAUGUUACGCGUAGACACGUGUAAAGGGGAGUAAAGGUGGAUGCCUGGAGGUUUGCUGCUUUGUAAUGAGUUUUGUAAGCAGAUUAUGCAGGUAUGUGAGCAAUGAGCAAUGAGCAACAGAUUACCCCGCAGCGUCAUGUCAGGGCGCAAACAUUCACAUGUGCAUAUAAACACUUAUCUUGCGCUCCCUCCAUACUCGUCAAAAGUCUCCGAACA